AUGAGCAGCCAAGGCACCUUUCAAAACAUCCGCGUAUAUUGGCUCGCAUUCAUCGUCUACUGGGGCAUCGUCCUCUUUGGCUAUGAUACCGGCGUCGGCGGCGGGGUCAGAGUUGGGAUCGUCAACGAGCACGGCGACAAGGACACGGCCAAGUCGAACGCCAUCAGCUCCAAUGUCGUCUCCGUCCUCCAGGCCGGCGCGUUCUUCGGCGCGCUGGGCAGCGCACCCUCUGCGAUUGGAAGAAGAUGGUCGCUGCUCAUCUGGACGCUCGUCUUCUCCGUCGGUGCCAUCCUACAAACCAUAGCCGGAGGCUCGCGCGGCCUGGGGUACAUCUACGGCGGACGCGUGGUCGCUGGCUUGGGCAUAGGCGCGAUCUCCGCCGUCGCCCCCGCCUUCGUCUCCGAAUGCUCCCCCAAAGAGGUCCGCGGCCGCAUCACCGGGCUCUUCCAGAUCAUGGUCGCCAUCGGCGUCAUGCUCUCCUACUUCAUCAACCUCGGGAUCAGUCUGCACGUCAAGACCGGCUUCGCCGUCUGGCGCAUCCCCUUCGGCUUCCAGCUCGUCCCCGCGGGCAUCAUGGCCUUUGGUCUGCUCACCGUGCGCGAGUCCCCGCGCUGGCUCGCGUCCAAGGGACGCCUGGACGAGGCGAUCGCCAACCUGGCGUACCUCCGCCGCCGCCCCACGGACGCGCCCGAGGUGCGCUCCGAGAUGGCGGAAAUCGAGGCCGCGAUCACGGAGGAGAAGGAGGCGCGCGAGGGCCUUGGCACGCGCGAGGCGUUCCUGGGCAAGGGCAACUGGAUCCGGUUCGUGAUCGCGAUCGUCAUAUUCCUGCUGCAGCAGUGGAGCGGGCAGAACUCGGUGGGAUACUACGCUCCUCAGAUCUUCACCGCGAUCGGGUACACGGGGACGACGAACUCGCUGCUCGCGUCGGGGAUCUACGGCAUCGUGAAGGUCGUCGCCACCGCGCUCUUCGUCUUCUUCCUCGUCGACUCGCUGGGACGCAAGUUCUCCCUGUUCAUCUCUGGGAUGGGCAUGGGCAUCCUGUUCUUCAUCGUCGGUGCGCUCCUUAAGGAGUUUCCACCACCACAGAAGCCAACCGGCAACCCUCCGCCGGCGAGCAAGGCGAUGGCUGCGAUGCUGUAUCUCUACGUGUGCUUCUACUCCAUGGGAUGGGGUCCCCUUCCAUGGGUGUACGUCUCGGACAUCUUCCCGACGAGGACCCGGCACUACGGUCUCGCGACUGCCAGUGCUUCGCAGUGGCUCUUCAACUUCGUCGUCGCAAAGGUGACGCCAACGCUCGAGUCGGCGCUCGGCUACAAGCUCUUCCUCAUGUUCGCGACGAUCAACAUCGGCGGCAUGGCGGUCUUCUCCCUGUGCGCGACCUCCUCUUCCUGUUCCGUUGUCGUUCGUAUGCUGACGCGUGUAUCCAGGCUCAUUCCGGAGACGAAGGGCCGCAGUCUCGAAGAGAUGGACAUCAUCUUCGGUGCAGUGCAGGCAGACAAGCGCCGCGAGGAUAUCGCAGCGCAGGAGCGCGCGCUCGGCAACGACGUCCACGAUGCUGACGCAGGAUCAGACAUGAAGGUGUAG